CCUGUGUUCAUAGUGCUUUUGAGCUCUUAUUCACUCUUUUAGCUUACUUUAAACAUUGUAUUAAUGGACUUGAAUUUUUAUCUUAUAUGGAUUUUUUCAAUCUUCAUAAAUGUUCAGAAUUGCAGUUUUGUGUUCACAUCAGUGAUGUAUGGUGAGCUACAGUCUCCUAAUUACCCUGAACAUUAUUCAGCUCCCCUUGACAAACACUGGGAUGUGAAGGUGCCUCUCGGCUAUCACAUUCAGCUCAAUUUUAAUUAUCUAAACAUCAAACCAUCACAACACUGCAGGAACGAUUCUCUUACGAUAUCCUAUAACGAGAAGGUAAUGAAGUUCUGUGGUGAGGAGGUUUCAGAGAAGCACAGUCAUCCAGGAUACAGUCCUCUUCUUAUACCUGCUAAUGAAGUAAACCUCUCACUUCUUACUAAUGGAGUGAACCAAGGGCCUACCCUGCCUGUGGGCUUUUCUGCAUUUUACCAGGCUACAGAUGUAGAUGAGUGUUCCCCUCUGAGUCAAGAAGCUGAUACAAAACAUCCCUGCACUCAGAUCUGCCUCAACACCAUGGGCUCCUACCUUUGUGCUUGUCAUUAUGGCUUCAAGCUGGCGGCUGAUCGGCGUACAUGUGUUCGGGUACAAUGUGAGCCUCCAAAAAGCAUAUAUGCGAGGAUUAGUCCAGUGCUUCCCAUAUACUACUAUGGAAAUGUGGUCACUGCUGAAUGUGACAUAGGCUACACAAUCAUUAUUAAAGAAGUAGAGUUUAGUAAUUACACACUUACCUGUCAGAGUAAUGGCCAAUGGAGUUUAGCUCAUCUUCAGUGCCAAAUUAUACAUUGUAAAAAUCCACCACCCUUACUUAAUGGAAAAGUGCUAUUCAUCUCUGGGGCUCAUAAUCAAUAUCAAUCUGUUAUCAAGCUGCAGUGUAACAGGCCAUACACUUUUCCUGCCGCAUACAAUUUAACCUACACCUGUGAUGCAGAUAAGGAAUGGAAAGAUGACCAAAAAAAUCUCAAACCUGUGGAUCCAAAAUGUCUUCCAGAGUGUGGACGCCCGCUGGUUGGCCUUGCACGUCAUAAGAGGGUGUUAGGAGGCCAUCUUGCUCCACAAAGAGCCUUCCCCUGGCAUUCCUUUAUAGAGAAUUUACACAGAGGAGGUGGAGUUGUCAUAGCAGAGAAAUGGAUCUUGACGGCCGCAAAUGUUGUAAUGAACAAAAACCAGGUUGUUGACCCCAAACAAACGAAAGUCUAUGUUGGAGUCAGUGAUAUAGUAAAACGAUCUAAAUUCUCACCACUUAAAAUCAAGUCUUUACACAUCCACCCCUUGUAUAAUAACUCAGAUGGUAUCCACUAUGACCAUGACAUCGCACUAAUAAAGCUGGAGAAGCCCAUUCUGUACAAUGGUGAAGUUAUGCCAUUGUGUUUGCCUCCACAAGAUGCUGAAUUCACACCUGGUCUUAAUGGAUGGGUCUCUGGAUUUGGUCAGACAGCAAGAAUGAAAUCAUCCAGGUUUCUAAGGUAUACCUCCCUCCCUCUUGUGGACAAAAAGACAUGCCAAGGAUUUGUUGAUAAUUUAACGAUUCCAGUAGCCCUGACAGACAACAUGUUUUGUGCCGGUGUACCUGAAGGUGGAAAAGAUGCCUGUAAUGGAGAUGGCGGUGGGGCAUUCGUUUUAAGAAAGAAUGGUGUUUUCUGGGCCACAGGCAUUGUUAGUUGGGGCUAUGGCUGUGGCAAACCAGGGACAUAUGGAGUGUACACUCAGGUGUCACAAUAUAUAGACUGGAUAAACAAGACAAUGAGUGAAAAUUAAAAGCAGUAUAUUGCACCUCCAGGGUCCAGAUUAGAUGCUGGGCCAGGCUCGAUUCCCCCCUUUGUGUUCAUGGAGUUUGCAUGUUCUCCCCGUGCUUGGUGGGUUUUCUCGGGGUACUCCGGUUUCCUCCCACAGUACAAAGAUAUGCAGGUUAGGCUAAUUGGCUUCUCAAAUUGCCUGUAGUGUGUGAAUAGGUGUGUGAGUGUGUGUAUGUGUGUGUGUCCUGCGAUGGAUUGGCACCCUGUCCAGGGUGUACCCUGCCUCAUGCCCUAAGCCUCCUGGGAUAGGCACCCCCCGCGACCCUGAAUACAGGAUAAAGCAGUAUAGAAGAUGAGUGAGUGACUUAAAUCUUUGGGUUAAUUCUGCAAAUUUGUGAAGCAUUCACUUAUUACUCUUAAUAAUAACUUCAAUAAAAUGUAUGUUCCCACCA